GUCGAAUCAGUCCUCACUUGCUCGCUGUACAGCCCCUCACCACUUCCUCAAUUCCCUGAAAAUAAUAGAAAAGUCGCUCUCGCCUUGACACUCACAGGAAGAUCUCAAAAGAUGGCCUCCGGAAUUUUCAACUCCACCUACUACGGCAAAGACUACCGCGCCGGGGCUGCCCUCCUGCGCGCCCGUCGUCCCUACCUAGUCAAGAAUGCCUUGACCGGACUCGGCCUCGUCGCGUUUACCAUCGGCGUCUACGCCUACACCAUCCGCGCAGUCGGCCAGGAUGAAUUCUCCGAUGUGAAGGUCCCCGAGACACCCGCGAAGCCCCAGCAGAAGCAAUGAGUGCGAAUUGGCCGUUUUGUUGGACACGUUGAUAUGCAAACUCCGCUCACGAUUUGGUUAUGCUGGAAUCUCGAAUGGUCUGGGGUUGGAAUUGUACACCGACGGUCGAGGACAAUGGUUCGAUUCGAUCGCUGAUCAGAUAAUGUAUCGGGUACCGGAGUAACGUGGCGAAUUGUGUUUCCUUUGCUUGGCAUCACCUGCCUGUGGGCUUUGAAUGGGGAGAGCUUUUUCAAUGUGCGAAAAAGAUGGGAAAUGUAGGAUUCCUAUUGGGAGUUAACGAAGUGUGAAGUAAUGGUGAACGGGACUUUCGCAGGACCCAGCCCGCGGCAUCGCUGCGCAGUUGGGGUGGUGUGAAAAAGCAAGUCGGUUGGGUGCCCGCAUGAAAAAUACCUCUCAGCUCAUUUUGUUGUUUUUCCUGUCCUUAUUAGCAUUUAUAUCUGUAUAUUAUCAGUUUGAACUGUCAAGAUACCACCACCCUCGUAUUGAUUGCAGACGCGAUGCAGUACCGUCGGAGCCCAAGUUUUCAGGAGGCUGGGGUUAAUUACAAUGCACGACGCAAAGCUAUUACAACGUGGUGGCUUAUGUUUUAAUCACAUGCAUUUUCU